CCCGCGCGCCGCCGGCUCCUCAGUCAGGGACCCGCCAGGCCGGAUGUUGCGGCGCCAUCCCGGGUCCGUCACUUCCGGGGCGGGGCCACCCCCUUGGGGAACCGGGGCGGAGGCUGGAGCCGCGUGUGCGUGAGACUUGCCAGGAGGGAGCUCAGGAGGUGUUGGGACAUCAAGUGGUGCUGGAGUCUCAUCUCACAGGCUGUCUGGUUGCCUCCCAACCAUAAGGAAGAAUCUGCUGAGGCUGCAGAGAAGGGCACUGAGGCUGGCCAGAGCAAUGGCUUGCUGUGGGGAUCCCUGCUCCAGCAGCUCUGGACUCCGCGUUGUCCUUUGCCUGGCAUAGCUCGGGCUGUUGGGAGAGAUUCAGUUUUGGAUCCACCAGUCUAUCAGGGCUGAGAGAAUGGCUGCGUCUGUGAUGGGCCAGGCCAUGAUCACCCACGUGCUGGUGGCCCUUUUCGGAAUGGGCUCCUGGGUCUCCGUGAACUCCUUGUGGGUGGAGCUACCCGUGGUGGUGAAGUGGCUUCCAGAAGGCUGGAAUCUCCCUGCCUACCUCUCAGUCCUCAUCGCCCUGGGGAACAUGGGCCCCCUCGCUGUCACCCUGGCUCACAAGCUGGCCCCUGGGCGGCUGAAGGAGCGCUGGGUCAUCCAUGCCAUCCAGGUGCUGGGCGUGGUGGCAGCCCUCUUCAUGGCUCUCUUCUGGCACCGGACGGCAAUGGUGGCAGGGGAGCCCCACAGCCUGGCCUUCCUGCUCCUGGCCUUCCUCCUGGCCUUCGUCUGCUGCACUUCCAAUGUCACCUUCCUGCCCUUCAUGUACCAGUUCCCCCAGCAGUUCAUCCGCACCUUCUUCGUCGGCCAGGGCCUGAGCGCCCUCUUCCCUUGCGUGGUGGCGCUGGCCCAAGGGGUGGGCAAGCUGGAGUGCCGCAACGCCACCUCCGGCAACGGCUCCCAGCCCCACUACCUGGAGGAGAACUUCCCGGCGGACACCUACUUCUGGCUGAUGUCCGCCAUGCUCGCUGUCUCAACGCUCUCCUUCCUGGGGCUGAUCCUGCAGCGCAGCCGCACCAGCAGCUCCACCGCUCACCAGGAGAGCUCUUCCAAGGGCAGUGUGGAGACGGAGGAGUCCUUCCCACUGCAGGACGGCACCCCCACAUCGGACAGCGCCACAGAGAUCACCAAGGACGCCCACCCCCCGGCCCAGACCAGCUCCUUCUGGACAGGCCGGAACAUCUACCUGCUGGUGCUGCUGGGUGUCUCCAACGCACUGACCAACGGUGUGCUGCCCUCGGUGCAGAGCUACUCCUGCCUGCCCUAUGGGAGCAUGGCCUACCACCUCUCCGUGGUGCUCAGCAACAUCGCCAACCCCGUGGCCUGCUUCAUCGCCAUGUUUGUGCUGUGCAGGUCAGCGGUGGGCUUGGGCAUCAUCUCUGUGCUGGGAGGCAUCUUUGCAGCCUACCUGAUGGUGCUGGCUGCGCUCAGCCCCUGCCCUCCCCUGCUGGGCAAUGCCGCAGGAGUCGCCCUGGUGGUGCUGUCCUGGAUACUGUUCCUGGGGCUCUUCUCCUACCUCAAGGUGGUGAUCGGCAGCCUGCUGCACGAGGCCGGCCAUGCGGCGCUGGUGUGGUGUGGAGCGGUCAUCCAGGCGGGCUCCCUGGUGGGGGCCCUGGCCAUGUUCCCCAUUGUCAGCAUCUAUCACCUCUUCCAGAGCGGACAGGACUGUACCGACAGCUGUGGGGCAUGAGCGGGGGCCAGGACACAGCAGCCCCAUGGGGGGCUCUGCCUGGAUGGAGCUGGCACCCGCUGGCCUCUGCCUUAGGGACGUAAGAAUUGCUGUAGAGGGUCAGAGCGCUGGGCCAUCUCGUCCCGCGGCUCCUGGCCAGUAGCUGAUGCUUCAGAGGAAAAGCCCCUGGUGCCCCGGCCAACUGGGAACCUCUGCUCUCCCAGGGGAAGGCUGGCUCCUCCCCUGCUGCUCGGAGCACCGAGGGCUGUGGGCCGGUCACGCUAUCCUACAGGCCAGGCGCUCGCUCGGAGGCCUGCCCAGCCCCGCUGCCUGGGGAGAGGGGUAGCAGCCCUGCCUUGCUGCCUGGUUCCCUGGGGCUGGCAGCUGCUGCACUCGCUGUUUCUCUGGCUGAUUUUUAGGACGCACUGAACUGGGGCUGGGGUGGGGGAGGGCCCCCUUUGCUGACGCUGCUGCCGAUGUCAGAACUGGGGGCCCCUGUGGCGCAGGACUAGGCCCCACUGGGUGUCGUUCCCCCCUGCAGGGGAUCCCACAGCAAUGGCCGCUGACUGGAUGGAGCCGCUGGGCAUCCUUCUCCUGCACCAUUCCACUUGCUCUGUGGCCUCACCCAGCCCUCCCAGUCCCCACCCAGUGCUCUCAACACACGUUAAUCCUGAGCACCCACAGCCCCUGCUGCCCCUGACCUGGGCGUCCCUUCCCACACCCUGCCCCCAGCGCUCCAUUCCCGGGGCCUCUCCUUGGCACUGACCGAGCCCUCGGCUGAGCCUGGGGGUCUGGCGCACGUUAACCUGCCUGCUGGGGCUGCCGUGUGUUCGAUACCCUUUGUGCUGUGUUAGCCCCGGGGAAUCCGGCCAGCUGCGGGCCGGGGAAUUAACCCCUGCUCACUGAAGAGCAGUGGGAUUGCGGGGAGCCCAAGGAGGAGCUGGGCUCUGAUCCCAGCCAGAGCAGCCUGCUCCCUCUAGUCUGUGCCCCAGAGCUGGUGUCUGUGCCCCGCCUUCAAGAGAAUGUUCCCCAGCCACCUCCUGGGGGAGGGUGGGGGUUCCCUGAUGCCCAGCCGGCCCCAUGCUUCACUCCCAGCAGCCUCUUCUCCAGCACGGGGCUGAUCAGCCUCAGCCCAGGGAGUUUAUCUUGGCAGGUCAAGGGGCAAACGGUUGCCUGACCCUCUGCGGGUCUGCAUGGCUCCUGCCCCACAAAAUCAGGGGGGGAUGGGGGUUCCUCACUGUGUGUGGCGGGGGGAGGCGCUCCGCUCCCUAGGGAGCCUCCAUGCAGAAAUCUGCAGCCUUGGGGGGUCUCCUAAACCAUGCCCCGUCUUUCCAACCUGUGUAGGGUGGCAUGCGCGGCCUGGCUAUUAGCCAUGCCACCUCCACGUGCCCUGUUGAAUGCUGCCCGGUGUGCUCAUGUCUCUGUGUCUUACUGGCUCCGCGGGGCUUUGCUUGGGGCGGGCAGGCAAGCAGCAAUCUGUCUCUGUGGCUUUAGAAAGAUGGUGAUUUUGUGUAGAUGCUGACUCCCCUCCCCCAUGGGCCAAGGGGGGGUGGAGCAGGAAUAAAGCUUUGUAUCAUAA